AUGUCAGCUAUACAGGAACAGACGCUACUAAGCGGGUAUAAAAUACCAUGUGUAGGCCUGGGUACUUGGAAGUCAAAACCAGGAGAGGUAGGAGCCGCAGUGAAAACUGCCAUUAGGCUGGGGUACCGCCAUUUUGAUUGUGCCCUUGCCUAUGGAAACGAAAAGGAAAUAGGAGUAGCGAUUAAAGAAGCUAUUGAAGGCGGAGUUGUCAAGCGUGAAGAUUUGUUCAUUACGACAAAGCUAUGGAACACGUACCACAGCAAAGGCCGGGUACCAGAGGGAUGUAAGGAAUCCCUAACCAGCCUCGGUCUAGAAUACAUAGAUCUCUAUAUCAUACACUGGCCUCUACCUAUGAGGGAAGGUGCCGAUUUGUUUCCACUCACUCCAGAUGGCAAGACUGAUGUUAUCGAUAUAGACUACACUGAAACAUGGACAGCUAUGCAGGAUUUGGUUGACCAGGGUCUUUGCAGAUCAAUUGGUGUAUCAAACUUUAAUUCCAAACAAGUCCAGAGGAUUUUAGAUCUUGGUUUGAAACACCCAAUGACCUGUAACCAGAUUGAAAUUUCUCCUUACAAUGCCAACGAUAAGUUACUACAGUUCUGUAAAUCCAGAGGUAUUGUUGUAGUGGCAUAUUCCCCACUUGGUUCUGGUGACCGGCCAUGGGCAACACCCGAGGACCCAGUGCUACUGGAGGAGCCAGAAAUAGUAAAGAUCGCAACUCGAUAUAACAAAUCACCAGGACAGGUACUUCUACGAUGGGGUGUACAAAGAGGGUAUAUAGUUAUACCUAAGAGCGUUUUCGAGGCCAGACAGAAACAAAACCUCGAGCUUUUUGACUUUGCAUUGGAUGAAGAUGAAAUGAAUGUCAUCAAUGCGAUGAACAGGAAUUAUCGUGUUUGUACCUGGAACAGAGCUGAUGCCACCCACAGUCCAUACUACCCAUUCCACGAGGAGUUUUAG